UUCUUGCCAUCAAUCGUCCAUCCAGCCCCUUUGCCAGUCCCAUGGCUUCAUCAGUGAGCACGAUGAUGUCAGAAGAAGGGGUGCCAGCAGCACCCCCCGCCCCGGAGGUCCAGAGGGAAAUGAUAGCGGAGGCGAUGAAGCUUGAGAUGAAGCAAGGCCAGGUCUGGUACGUCCUAGGGAGUAAGUGGUGGCAGUUGUGGCGAGCCUUCGUGCGCUUCGACGACACCAAGGAGCCACCACCUUCAGCAGCGGCGACAGUGUCCGCCACGCCAAGCAGCAUGGACGAAGACGGUGUGCUGGUGAAGGCCGAGGACGUUGCCGGCGUCGCGGUGAAGGCCGACACCAACGAACACCGCGUGGCGGAGCUUUCUCUGGAGGAGGGGGGUAACAGCAGCGGCGACGGGGGGGAGAGGGCAUCGUCAUUCACGGAGCGGGCGGGCCCUGGCCCGAUCGACAACCGAACAUUGGGGGAGGGCCGCGAGCUUUGCGAGACCCUGAUGGAGGGAGAGGACUACGUGCUGCUGCACAACCGUGCGUACGAGUUGCUGGAGGCGUGGUACGGCGGAGGGCCUCGCUUCAAGCGCUGGGUGGUGUCCUUGGGCGACGACACGCGCACGCAGCUGAUGGUCGAGCUCUUCCCUGUCAAGUUCAUGGUGUACACGUGCCUGCCUGACGGCAGGGCCGACGAGGACAGCGUCAGGGUACAGCUCUACAGCCGGGCGAAGACCAUGCGCCAGAUCUGCGCGGACGUGAAGAGCAGCCUCAACCUCACCCCGCAUGUGGACACGCGUCUGAGCCUCAAGAAGCUGGAGGAGGCUGAGCAAGGGGUGGACGGCGCGACGGCGGCAGCGACCGCGUCUGGUGGGGGGAGCACUGAAGGCGCUGAAGACGAUGGUUGGCAGGCGAUACACCUGGAAGAGGUCAGCCAAUCGCUGCACGAGGUCAUGGGGGACACACAGUCGGUGGCGCUGCUUGUGGAGACUAAGGACACGUCGGACCCGGCCGCCUCCACCAGGUUUCCCAGGGAUCACAUCCUACUCAGAUGGCGGCUCAACCUUAAGGCCGGAGACCUCAUCGACGCCAGAGACUCAGACAAGAACUGGUUCGAAUCGAGAGUGACGGAGGUAGAUGUGGACGGGGACCCGGAGCUAGUGAAGGUUCACUUCCUGGGGUGGUCGGAGAAGUGGGACGAGGUUCUCAAGCGGAGCUCGGAAGCGCUGCAGAAGCUUCACACCUUCACCACGCCGUGGCGGCAGGACCUUCAAGUGAACUCGAAGUGCGAGGUGUCCUCCUGCAGGAAUGAGGUGAAGAAGUGGUACGAGGCCACCGUGGGGGAGGUCAAGCACGAGGACGGAAAACGCCUGCUGUACAUUGAGGUCUCAGACAACGACGUCGAGAGCCAGUGGAUGCCGGAGGACAGCGAAGAGAUAUGCAAGGCUCACACGCACAUCAACAAGUCCCUCCCCGCCCGGACCCACAAUCGUUCACGGUCGGGCAGCGGUUCCGGCACGGGGGGAUCGUACGGGUUCUACCGCACCAACACCAAGGCGAAGCCUAUCACUCGCGGGGCUGUCGGACUCAGCAACUUGGGCAACACGUGCUUCAUGAACAGCAUGCUGCAGUGUCUCCUCGCCACGGAGUCGCUGUCGACGUACUUCCGCAACCAGCACUGGAAGCGGGAGGUUAACGAGGACAACCCCCUCGGCAUGGGCGGCAAGAUGGCGGCGGCGUACGCGGGCCUCAACGAUGAUGCGUGGUCGGGGGAGUACUCCGUCGUGGUGCCCAACACGGUGAAGAAGGUGGUGUCCCAGUACGCGCCCAUGUUCGCGGGGUACCAGCAGCACGACGCCAGCGAGCUCAUGAGCUUCCUGCUGGACGGCAUCCACGAGGACCUCAACCGGGUCCACAAGAAGCCGUACAUGGAGACGGUGGACUCCGCGGGGAGAGCAGAUCGUGUGGUGGCAGAGGAGAGCUGGAGGCGCUACCUCAUGCGAAACGACUCUGUCAUGGUCGACACGUGCACGGGGCUGCUGCGGUCUCACGUGACUUGCCCGGAGUGCAAUCUGUCCAGCGUCACAUUCGACCCUUACACGUCCCUCUCGCUCCCGUUGCCGUUCGACAAUGCCGUCAUGGUGAAGGUACUGCUUCACCCUCUCCCGUACGGCACUAGGCCCGUGGAGAUGGCCGUCACGCUCCAGAAGAACAACACCGUCCGAGAACUCAAGACCGCCAUCUGCCAGCAGUACAACCAGGAGCGGCCGCAGUCCAACCAGCAGCAGCAGCAGCAGCAGCAGCAGCAGCAGCAGCAGCAGCAGGGUGGAGGUGGCUUGUUGACGGAGGACCUCCUGGCGGUGAUGGAGGUGUGGUCCUCGAGGGUGUUCAAGGGGAUGGAGGACUCGUGUCCCCUGUCGGACAUGAAACCCACGGAUGACUUCGCGGUGUGCCAGCUCGAGUUCCCGCUGCCGUCGUCAUACUCGUCGGGAAAGGGGGGGGGGUCCGUGGCUACCGCUGUACGGGAUGGUUCUUCUUCUGGGCAGACGCCCUCGCAGAGUACUGGGGAGGCGGACGGGAAGACGGUUACCAGCGGCAGUGUAGACGCUGGGGCGGGAGUUGAAUGUGGCGGUGUAGAGGGAGACGGCCCGAGCGUGUUGAUCGACCUGUUGCUGUCGACGUACCCGCACUCGACGCUCAAGGGGAAGCCGCGGCGCAUCACUUGCAGGAACGGGGUGACCAACAACGAGAUCCACGGCAUCAUCCGGAGGCACAUGGCUCGCCUCGUGCCGUCGCUCAACCCCAGCCCGAAGGAGACAGAGAGCGGCACCGCCGUGGGUGGUGCGGCGGCGGCGGGAGGGGGGGCCCAGGCGACGUUAGAGGCCGGCAUUAGUACCACGAGCGACAUCGACGGAGACUACGUCCACGUCACGGACACGAUGGCGAUCGACGCCUCCGCCGUCACCAUCAGCAGCAGCAGCAGCAGCAGGAGCAGCAGCAACAGCGGUGACUCAUCCCCCUUCGUGCACGUCAAAAAGCCCCCCGCGGUGGUCUCGGAAGGGGACGGAGACCUGCCAACCCUCACGGUGUCGGGGGCGGCGAAGGCGGAGAUGGACGUCGACGAUGUGUGGGGCGGAGACUCCGCCACGACCGCAACCAGCGGCGGGGCCACGCUGGUGUCUUCUUACCCAUCUGCGUCGCCCCCCGGCGACGCGAACGCGGGGGGCGGGGGUAGUAGCGUAGUCGAGCCGGAGGGGGGGGCGACGGCGACGGCGAAGGGGAAGGGCAAGGAGGAGGAGGAGCAGGAGGAGGAGGCGGGCGAGGUGGUGGAGGAUGCGCUGCCGUACAAGGUGUUCGUGACGGACUACAGCGGCAGCACGACCAGCGCAACCAAGGGCAUCGGUGCUGAGGUGCCCAUGAACGACGAGCCUUUCGAGGCGGUGUCGGCGUACAGAGGCUACAGCACGAGAGAAAGUAGCGAGGAGAGCACCGCCCUCAAGGUCCAGUUCCCUCAAGAUGGCGACAGACCCACUUACCAGCCCCACAGCCUGCUCGACAAAGACGAGCUCGAGGCUACGGACACCCACCCUUCGGUGAGGAAGGCGGAGGAGGCGCAGAACGAACGCCAGAGUGUGCCGAUCGACAGCUGCUUCGAGAAGUUCACCGAGUGCGAGGAGCUGGGGCAGAGCGAGCUGUGGUACUGCUCGAGAUGCAAGACUCACCAGAUCGCUUCCAAGAAACUCGACGUCUACUCCGCCCCGGAUGUGCUGAUCGUGGUCCUCAAGAGGUUCCUAUUCACGCCGGGCGCGCUGACGGUCUACCGCCAGAAGCUCGACACGCACGUCAGCUUCCCCAUAGAGGGGCUCGACCUCACUAGGAACAUACAGCGCGCGGGUGGGCCAAUCUUCAAGGAAGCCCCUCCCGUCUACGACCUCUUCGCGGUGUCGGAGCACUCUGGCAGCCUUCGCGCGGGGCACUACACCGCCAUCGCUCAGAACUCCGAGGAUAAGAAGUGGUACAGCUUCAACGACUCGCACGUCAGCCCCACAACGCCCGACAAAGGCCCCAGCAGCGAGCCGUACGUGCUGUUCUACCGGAGAAGAAGCGGGGUUCUGCGGUGGGCGGGACUGGGGAGAGAUCACGCCGCCUGAUGAUCCAAAAGUAUGUAUGUAACGGCGUAAAUACGAAAGAAGAACGAUGCUUUGCCGCGGAGUGCAGGAAGUCGAGGGCGGGGGGAGACGUCUUGAUUGAUGCUGCCUGACAAGCUUUUUGUCGAGAUGGGCGUUCCGAGGGACGAGGUCACAGGUCGGAAACCGCUUUUGUAGAGAUGUGCACCCGGAGCGGGAGGAGGAGGAACCGUUUUGCUUGCUGGUGCGGGACGUGUGUGAGGGAAGAAGGGGACGCGCGAGGCUGCGGAGGGCGGGUGGCUACUGACUAGACUGAUACACGGGCCAUUCGUAUACCAAGAGUUUUCUCUCGGAUAAAACGCGAAUACCACAAAUGGUCCCUAUAUUCCUGAACGGGUUCGUGCUGCGGUUUCACAAGGGGGGGGGUGCACUAGAUGGCGUAUCACACGGCGGCGCGGGGUGAUCGCCCAGUCGCCGCCCGUGUGAGGUAGAAAUGAGGCGGUUGGUUGUUAAGGUCUGUCUGGUUGCCUCUGGUUCAUACGUUUCGAGAACUCAGUGGACGUUUCUCGUAUUUGUGAGAUCUCGUCUGUCUUUUCGACAGUGAGGGCCAUCGUUGUCGGGAUUUUCGUCGGGUGGGUGUUGCUGCGACGGGCGGAGGGGGGGGCGCCGUGUUUGGCUGCUUAUUAUCUGCGUCAUGUGUUUCAUCCAGAGGACGCUGUUCCCCUUUAUCGUCCUUGUUUUGAUCGUUUUUUUCGUGCGGGCUUAGUUAAUUACGUAUAUAGCAAUGGUGAAGUUUCCUGGUCCGUUUUGUUUCGUAUACCUGUUGUUGUUGUUGGGGAAGAACGAGUGGAUGCAUGCAAAAGACCCGAGCAGCACGGCCACUGCACCAGCUAUGUGGUGCGGUUUGUAUACCGGUUCUCCUGGCGUGCUUGCAUCCAAUAUUUAGUGUCGUGGUGGUAUCUCCAUGCCAUUGUCAUCUCGAAUUCCUUUUUCAUGGUCGUUUUUUGCUUGCCGAUGAGGGGGGGGGGUUCUCUACGGGAAGCACCAUUCCCAACGGGUGGUACGAAGCAGAAUUUCGAUCGGGUAUUGCAUUUUCUUUUUUUGGAAAAUACACAUUUUCAUUUGUCGUGUAACGUUGGAGAGGAGUAUCGACUGCGAGUUUUCUUGUUGGGUCGUAUGUACCCGUGUGACGUCGAUGCACUCACUAGAACACGGCAGUGGCCUGUUAAAACGCCGCUCAGCAUUUUUUGCCCGGUAAAGCUCUGCCGUGGUUCUGAAGGCCCUUCGCGCCCACAGCCACCCGAAAUACACAACGACAUGAUCCGUUCAUCUGAGGCCGACCAUCUCCCCAUUUCUGAGGUUCGAGGUCGGAUUGGUCGAGGUAGGGUUGGCUUUUGUGGCACGUGGAGGUGGAAAGUCCUCGAGAGGGGGUUGUUUCAUGCUGCACCAUCUUGUAAGCUUGCCGACUUUGGCCCCAGAGGCCAGCCCCCCAUGUAGGAUGUGCGCUGAACAACGGAUAGUAGGAACGCCCUGCCGUAGAGAGCGAAAGUUACUUAUUAGCAGCUACAGCUCCAUCUGGACUUCGCCACCUUACUUAUGUAGAAUCAACGU